AGCUACAAAUUCAUUCCUGCAUUCUAAAACUUUCUUUCAGAUAUAACCACCGUUCCCAAGUAUUUCCUCACUUCUCUCUCUUCUUCUACUCUCUCUGCCAGAUUUCUGCUUCUGUUGUUGAAAUCUCACUGUUUUAUUAUUUUUCUCUUUAGCGAAGAAGAAGAUGUCAGGUGUGGGACAGCUUUUCGGAGGGUCUUUCCUCUCGGCCUUCCUUCAGGUGGCCUUCGAUAGGUUUGCCUCUCCUGAGUUGCUGGACUUCUUACUCCGAUGGGAAAUCGACUUGGAUGAAGUGGAGUCACUGAAGCGGACGUCGGCCAUGAUUCAGGCCUUAUCUGAUGAAGCUGAAGUGAAGCAAUUCACCAACGUUGCCGUGAAGCUGUGGCUCGACCACCUCAAACAGCUCCUCUAUGAUGCGGAGGACAUACUGGAUGAGUAUGCCACUGAACUUCUACGCCUGAAAUUGGAAUCUGCUCACCAAACCCAACAGGUACGCAACCCCCCUGUUCCUCUCACACCAUCAAGUACUGAAAGUAGUGUUUCUUCUUGGUUGAACUCUGGCAUAGAAUCUGCUUUAGAAGGAAUAAAAGGCAUUGCGCCUAAGGUUAAUAACAUCACUGAAGAGCUGCAGGGAAUUAAAAGGUUCCAUUCAAAAGUAAGGGAUAUCAACGUGAGGUUAAAAAGUGUAGCACAAGAAGGUGUUGCUCUAGGUUUGAACUUGAGCAUCGGAUCUGGGUCCUCAAGGCCCAAGGUAUUCAGUCAAAGGCCACCAACGAGUUCUUUAGUGAAUACAUCGAAUGUUUUCGGCAGAGAGGAAGAUAUGGAGGAGAUUUUCAGAUGGUUGAUAUCCGAUAACACUCCAAGUAAUGAUGUUAAUAAUUUCUCAGUGCUGCCCAUAGUGGGCAUGGGUGGGGUUGGAAAGACAACCCUUGCUCAACUUGUUUAUAAUGAUGAAAGAAUUGAGAAGCAUUUUGGUCUGAAAGCUUGGGUUUGUGUCUCGGAAGACUUCGAUCUGGUGAGGUUAACUAAAGAAAUUCUUGAGUCAGUCACCAGAUCUUGCCCUCCUUCUAAUUCACUGGACCUGCUACAGCUGAAACUUAAAGAAGCAUUAAGCAAAAAAAGAUUUUUAUUGGUUUUGGAUGACAUGUGGAACGAUAUCUAUGACAGAUGGGAUGCCUUAAGGACCCCUUUUGCAUUCGGUCAACGAGGGAGCAAGAUAUUAGUUACAACACGGAACAAAAGCGUUUCAUCAAUCGUUCGCACUGUUCCGUACGAUAUUUAUCUAAAAGGUCUUCCAAAUGAAGCUUGUUUUGCACUCGUUCAAAGGCACGCUUUCAUGGAUGAAAAAUCAUCUGAUGCAAAUCAAAAGUUGGAAGUAUUUGGAGAUGAAAUUGUGAAGAAAUGUAAGGGUUUACCUUUGGCUAUAAAGACACUUGCUGGCCUCUUGCGAGAUAAAAGGGAUAACUAUGAGUGGAAAGAUAUUUUGGAGAGUGAAAUAUGGGAUUUAAGAGAGAGUGAGAUCCUUCCAUCACUCAUCUUGAGUUACCAUCAUCUUCCACCACAUGUAAAGAGAUGCUUUGCAUAUUGUGCUUUGUUUCCCAAAGACUACGAAUUUAGCAAGAGUGAAUUAGUUGUCUUGUGGAUUGCAGAAGGUCUUGUUCAACCAAAAGAAAAGAAACGACUGGAAGAUAUAGGGGCUGGGUAUUGUGAUGAAUUAGUAAUGCGGUCAUUCUUUGAGUUAUCUAUUUAUCAUCAUUCUUGGGCAACAGGAUCGCUCCUUACUGAUUUUACAAAAGAAAUGCACACCAUGUCAAUAUUUGAGUCAUCCGGUAACACGGGACCAACAUUUGUGAUGCAUGAUCUAAUCCACGAUUUAGCACAAUAUGUUUCAGAUGGAAUAUAUUGUAAGAAAGAGUAUGAUAAGUCAUCACCUGUUCUUACUACAACUCGCCACUUGUCCUAUGUUAUGCACAAUUAUAAUGUUGAGGCGACAGAGUUUGGGGCAAUGAAAAGUUUACGCACCUUUCUAACUCUAAAUGAUUUAGCUGGUAGUCCUAAGCACUUUUUUUCCACUUUGGAAUUCCAAUUCCAAUUCCUACGUGUGCUACGUUUCAGAAAUUGCUGCAAUUGUGAGUUGCCUGAUUCAGUUGGCAAGUUGAAACAUCUAAGGAUUCUUGAUCUCUCGUUUUCUGAUAUUGUGAGGUUGCCCGACUCGAUUGGAAAACUUUACAAUCUACAAUUGUUAGCCCUUAGUGGCUGUGGUAGGCUUAGAGAGUUACCUAACGAUAUGAGUAACCUCAUAAAUCUUCGAUAUCUUGUUCUCCCUGCACAUUGGGAUUUCCAUAAAAUUCCAUUAGGAGUGGGUAACAUGACUUGUCUUCAAAUGUUGAGCACAAUCGAUGUAGGGCAAAAAAAAAAGUUAUCCCAAUUGCGUGGGACUCGGGACAAUUCAAAUUUGGAAGAUGUAGGCAAUAAUGGGGUAGAAGCCAUUGUGGCCAAGCCACACCUUCUUGGGCUACAGCUGCACAAACUCACGUCACUUAGAAUUCUUGCAAUAUCAAACUAUAAGAAUUUGGAGUCACUAUCCAAGAAACUAUACACUCUAACAUCUCUCCAAAGAUUAGUAAUCACAAGUUGCCCUGCUCUUGUAUCCCUCCGAGAAGCAAGGUUACCCACUGCACUUAAAGAACUAAAGAUCUCUUAUUGCGAGAAGUUGGGGUCACUACCAAAGAAGCUUCAGACCCUAACUUAUCUCAAAGAAUUUGUAAUUGGUAGUUGUCCUGCUCUAGUGUCCUUCCAGGAAACAAGGUUACCCUCUGCACUUGAAGAAUUGGAGAUCAUUGAUUGUGAGAAUUUGGAGUCCUUACCCAUGGAACUAUUGCACAACCUCACGACCUUCCAAAGAUUAGUAAUCAAGGAGUGUCCUGCUCUUGAAACCAUUCCAGAUAUGGGCUUAUCCACUACACUUCAAGAAGUAUCAAUUCUAAAUUGUGGGCAGUUGAAUUCCUUGCCCAAGGGGCUGCACAAAUUUACAAGUCUUAAACGACUAGAAAUUGUGGAGUGCUAUUUUCUUAUGGAGUGCAAGAAUCUUGAACCCCUACAUACCUCAGGUCUUCAUAAUCUUAUAUCUCUUUCAUAUCUCACCAUUGGUGGAUGUCAUGCUCUCAUGUCCCUUCCAAAUGGCCUGCUUCCCACCAACCUUCGGGAUUUUUGCAUCAAGGAUUGCCCAAUUCUUGAAUCCCUAUAUGAUGGACUCUCUGACCUAAUCUUGCUUAAACAUUUGGAGAUCCAGAAUUGUCCAAAGCUGACCCAACGGUACCAAAAGAAGGAAGGAGAAGAGUGGUCCAAGAUUGCCGAAAUCCCUAAGGUGAUAAUAGAUGGCAUAUGGCAAUAAAGUCUAAACACCGCAUGCGGGUCUCACCUCUUAUAAUUAAAUCAACGGAUGGAGUACUACAGACAGAUUUUGUCUAUUAUGCAAAACUACAAUAAAAGCAGAGAUGCAUUGCAGCUAAUAUUGAGGUAUUUCUUCUAUAACCUGAUAGGUAUGAUUUAUAUCUAUACUUCAUGUUAUGCCAUAUGUGAUUUUAACUUAAUUUCUCUUCAUGGGAGAAUCACAAGAUAGAAUGUCUUUCUUUAAAAAUGCUCAAGAACCAACCAAAAUUGGCAUGGCAAUUUCUUGGAUCUUUAAUUUCUCUGAGAUGGAAUGCUUUCUUUGAAAAUGCUCAGGAAUAUAGAAAAAGAAACAUGGCAAUUGCAUGGAACUUUUCAGCAAAUUGAUGCAACCUAGCAUUGUAUCUAUAAGGUAUCACUUAUCAAUGUUCUGUUUGUUUUCUGCCUACCCUGAAGCUUCAAUUGGUCACCAAAAAUCAUGGAAGUUCAAUUCAGUGGCAAUCUGUUCUACUUGUCAGCAAGUUAUGUUAUGCAGAGGAUAUACUUUCACAGUAUGUCUUGGGUUUUGACAGAAAGGGACUUCGACAUUGAUAAUACAGUCCAAAUGUAGGAAGAAAUGCUCCAAUGGAGAAAGGAGUAUGGUACAGACACCAUAUUGGAGGGUAGUGCAUUAUUUUAUCACUCUUUUAACUUUCUUUAUUGGCAAAACUAGAUGAUUUUGGUUGACAAUCUAAAUAUUCGCAAGCAUGUUUUGCCACUAGUUGGUACAUUGAAAAAUGGUUUAGCACUAUGUAGAUUAUAUCCUAACUUUAGUAGUAGAUUAUUUCUAAUAGUCUAUUCAUGCACAUAAAAUGAUGCUAAUAUAUUUUGAUAGCAUGUGAGUUGAACUAGUUACAUUGGAAAUUAGGAUAUCCAUAGAUAUUCAAUUUGUUCCCAAUUUAAUAACACCUUCAACAUGAUACCAUAUUGAACUGUAUCUUUAGGACUUCGAAUUUGAAAAACUGGAAGAAGUUUUUCAACAUUAUCCUCAAGGUUACCAUGUGGUUGAUAAAGAUGGAAUGCCUAUAUAUAUCGAGAGGUUUGGGAAAGCCCACCCAAAUAGGAUUAGAUGCAUUGUUACCAUAGUUGAUCAUUACUUACUGUAUCAUUUACAGGAGUUUGAGGUGGCAUUACAUGAGAAAUUUCCUACUAGUUUCAAUCACAGCAGAGGCACAUUGGAUCGACUACAACAAUAUUGGAUGUUCGGCGGUUGAAAUCAGCAAUGAGCUUCAGUAUUGAACACUACAUUUGUAUUUCUCAUAAAGCACUGCAUUUCAAAUUUGAAAUCCGAACUGUCCUACCAGGCUGCAACAGAGAGAUCAGACUGCGCAUUCUAAUGCCAUGUUAGAAACAAUACUAUUUGCAAAUAAGUAGAGGUUGAGACUGGUAUACCAUUAAAUCUCGAAGACAUGGUUAACCUCACGGCCUUCCUAGGCCCAUUAUUUGAAGCAGGGUCGACAUUGGGAUUCUCAGAGAAGAUUGUGUCUAUUGAAUGAUAGGUUAUGCAGUAGAUUGGCUCUGUAAUUUUGAUCCCAUGCUAAUUGUUUUUGUACAAAUUAGUUUCUACUGUGACCCAGAAUCCUUUGAAUGUAGAUACUAUUGGUUUUGGUUUUU